CGCACUAGAUUGAUCCGUGCCACUCUCUAUUGUGUUGUUACUGCUUUCCCUAUUUUUGCAUUGUCCCCAUCUGGUCGUCAUUGUCACCGACAUAUGUGCAUGCCGUAAUUAUGAUUGCCAUUCCGUGGGUGGAAGGGUUCUGAAAGUGGCGUACAACAAUAGGACGGUUCACCAAUACCCUCGUCCACACAAACCCCGCAAAGGUCACCCGUCCGUACCGAAAAACGGAAAGAAAGCAGAAGGCAAAUAAUCAUCUUCAGCGCGUAUCGAUUUAUGACGAUGAAGUAGACGGUGGGCGGCACGCGGGUUGAAAGCCCACUUCGAGAGCAGUCCAUGUGAUACGGUGCUACGGAGAAGAGCAGCGAAACGGUGCACCUUGAAGACAAAACACUUCACUCGGGCGUAGCUCCGUGAUAUUUCGUCGUGCGGCAGGCUGGGUUUCCGGUGGCUAGGUCAUGAAUCCGAGAAUCGUCAUCAUCGGUGCCGGAGCGGCCGGAGUGGCCGCUGCGACACGCCUCAUCGAACGGGGCUACAAGAACGUGAAGAUACUCGAGGCAGAAAAUCGCAUCGGUGGCCGUAUCCAUAGCGUACCGUUCGGGGCAAACGUUGUUGACCUGGGCGCACAAUGGUGCCACGGAGAGAAAGGCAACGUAUGCUACGAGCUCGGUUCCAAGUACAACGUGUUCGACUCGAACAGUGCCCGGUACGAACGGUUCGUGCUGACCCGCUCGAACGGUGAACAGAUACCGAAGGAGCGAAGCGAAAAGUUGCUCGGCCUUAUCUGGUCGAUCCUGGAAACGCACAAGCACGAACUGACCGGAUACCGGGGUUCGCUCGGGUCGUUCAUUAUGGGGAAAUUUCGGGCCUUGCUGGAAACCGCCGAAUAUGCGGACGUUAACAAUGAUACGGCGUACCAGGUGUUGGAGUUUUUCCACAAGUUUGAAAACUCCAUCGAAGCUUCCGACAGCUGGUUCGAUACGUCCGGGCCGGGCUAUCUGCACUACUGGGAGUGUGACGGGGAUUUGUUGCUAAACUGGCGCGAUAAAGGCUAUCGGACGGUGUUGGAAAUAUUGAUGAAACGACAUCCACUACCUACGGCAACGGAUGCAAUCAACCUGGAGGAUUAUACGCACUUCAACAAAACGGUCGCCAACAUCAAUUGGACCGCCGGACCGGAUAGUCUCGUAUCGAUCCGCUGCACCGAUAACAGUGUGUACGAUGCAGACCACGUCAUAUGUACGAUUUCGCUUGGCGUACUGAAGGAACGCUAUCAAACGCUGUUCACGCCCGAUCUUCCGCCGAUCAAGCGUAACGCGAUCCAGGGGCUGACGAUCGGUACGGUUAACAAGCUGUUUCUCGAGUUCGACAAACCAUUCUGGGCGAAGGGUUGGCAGGGUUUGAGCUUGAUCUGGAACCAGGCCGACCUGGACGAGGUGCGCAAAAUGCCGGACAGCUGGAUGGAGGAUGUGUUCGGCUUCUACAUCGUGGACUAUCAACCGAACGUGCUGUGUGGUUGGAUUUCGGGCAAAAAUGCGCGCCGCAUGGAACGGGCAAGCGACGAGGAUGUGCGCCGUGCGUGCAUGUUUUUGCUGCGCAAGUUUAUGAAAGGUUGCACCAUCCCGGAACCGGUACGGUUUCAGCGCACCAGCUGGUAUUCGAAUCCAAACUUCCGCGGUUCGUACACGUUCCGAUCGAUGACGACCGAUCUGCUGAAUACGUCCGCGUCCCAUCUAGCAAUUCCGCUGACAAAUACGUGCGGAAUGCCGGUCGUACAGUUUGCCGGUGAGGCUACGCACGAUCAUUACUACUCGACCGUGCACGGUGCGGUCGAGACGGGAUGGCGCGAAGCGAACCGGUUGAUCGAUCUAUACGACAGAUUGAUACCACCGUUCAAUCAUGGCCCGAAAGCGUACGUUGAUGUGCUGAUCCUUGGUGCUGGUAUAGCCGGACUUGGAGCCGCCAAGCAGCUGCGUAAUUCGGGCAAAAGCUUCGCCAUUCUCGAAGCACAAUCGUCCCCCGGGGGACGCAUCAGUACGAAAGCACUGAAAAAGCAUCACGUCGGUGGGAAAGGUUGUCAGUUGGUUGAAGCCGGUGCCCAGUGGUUACACGGACGACAAAAUGAGCUGCACGAAAUAGCCAAACGCAAUGGGUUACUGCGCGAGGAAACGUCCGAGGAAGGUUUGGGCGAGUUUUUGCGUGACGAUGGAUUUCGGAUAGACGACCAUCUGGUGAAGCGCGUCGACUUCAUCGUUGGUCAGAUUUUGGAACAGUGCGAAGAGUUUGCCGCCCGUACAUCCGGUGGCGAUCGUGACGCAUCCUAUCCGGUAUCGCUGGAGGCAUAUCUACGUGAGCAGUUCCGAAAGCGUACGGAGAAAGAUUUUACCGCCGAACAGAAGGUGUUGGCACAGCAACUGCUCGAUUGGCACUGUCGGUUUCAGAUUAUUGACAAUUCCUGCCUGCACGUGUCAGACAUUUCGGCAAAACUGUGGGGCAGCUAUUCGUUUAACGGAGAAAGCUGUCAGGCACACAUCAAUAUGCGGUACGGCUUUCAGGCACUCGUGAGCUGUCUGAUCGAAGAGAUCGGCAUGGAGAAGAUCGUGUAUAAUAAGGCGAUCUGCGAGAUCCGCUGGUUGGAUGGCCGUAGCAAGGUGAUUGUGAAGUGUACCGAUGGAACGAUUUACUGCUGUCAGCAUCUGAUCGUAACGUUCUCGCUGGGCGUACUGAAGGAUACGAUGGAUCAACUGUUUCAACCGAAUCUACCGGCAAGCUACAGUCGCUCGAUUCGCAGUAUCGGGUACGGGACGAUUGAUAAAAUCUUUCUACAGUUUGAGGAUGCCUGGUGGGGCAAAGCGGAAGGCAUACAGCUGGUGUGGCGCGAUGAGUUACGGAAGGAUUCGCACUGGACACGAUUUAUCUCGGGAUUCGAUGUGCUUAGUCCGGGCCCACCAAAUACACUGCUCGGUUGGAUCGGUAGCUAUGGGGCGCUCGAGAUGGAGGCGCUUAACGAUGAACAGAUCGUGAGCGACUGUGUGUUCAUUUUGGAAAAGUUUACCAAGAAGAAAGUACCUAAGCCUGUCAAUUAUUACUGUACAAGAUGGAACUCCAAUCGUUAUAUUCGUGGUUCGUACAGUUACACCUCGGUAAACUGUGAUCACGAGCAGAACUUCAUGUCCAACCUAACGGAAACGCUCAUAUGCAAUCAGUACGACAAAUCGGGUGAAGAAUCGCGCAAAAAGGAAUCUUUGCCGGCAGUGACACAAUCGACUACAAUGGGUGCCGCCAGUAUGCGAACGGGGACGUCCACGAGCAAUACGAGCGGUCACAGUACGAGCAGCAGUAAUAGCAGCAAUACACUAACUUGCGUCCCGAUAGCAGCAACCUCUAGCACUCACACCACUCCAAACAAAGUCGUCCAAAAAACAUCUGAAUCUUUAGCCAAUGCUCCGUGCAAUUCGAGUACCGUCUCCACUACUACCACACCCGGUACGAAAGGGACGAGCAAUAGUAACGUUAACAGUAGCACCAAAACCAGUGCCACAAUCCAUUUUGCCGGUGAAGCAUGCCACGAACGGUACUUCUCGACCGUACACGGUGCGUACCUGUCCGGGAUGGAACAGGCGAAGAAGAUUAUGAUGCUCAAUCAACAAUAACUUCUACCAAUUACUUCCUGGCUGUAAAGCUACCAAACCUAACAAACGCAACACUACAAUCGUAACGAAAUCAAAAAACCAACCGUCAAAUUUAACAAAAAGCAGACCAAAAUAGAAACAGAUAUAGAAACACAACAGAUAAAUUACAAACAAAGAAGAAAAAUCGAUAACUAUAAAAUGUGAAAGAUCGUAUAAGCUAGAAAGAAGCUGAUAAUUAGUCAGUAAGACUGUAGUAAAGCAAUCCCAACAAACAAAAUCCCGAACGUAACCGGGAACAAAACUUGGGGAGUAGUACACAACAUUUACAUAGCGUAAUAAGAAGAAAGUGCCCAAUGCGUGCGGUCAUCUAUUUACCUUUAGCGCUCAUUGCAAAUGAGAAGAUUAUUACGUUAAGAUCAGCUAGGAAUGGUAGAAACUAGUAUACGUAGGCUCAAUACAUUUAAUGUAGCUCAUCAUCUUCCAUAGCGCUAAGGCAAACUCCGUUCUAUUUUCCAAAACAGAAUUUACGUUCUUCCAUUUACUAUCCUAAAUGACUGCCUGAGUAAAUGUUAAAAACGUUUUGAUGCAUUUGUUAUCUUCGGUGCAGAAUUUGGUCUGUGUUGCAUGCCAACAGUUGAUAGUUUUUUAAUUCAUGAAAAGGUUCGAUAUUCCGUUCCUGCUUGAUGGGGAUUCUAUUUGUUAGCUAAAUGGCGAAAGAAGGCGUAGGCGUGCAGUUAGACUGCAAAGAUGCAAACAUGAAACCGUAGAGCUUUCCGCCGUUUCCAUUUUAUAGAACAAUCUAGAGAAGAAUAAAUAAUUCAAAA